UUCUUUGCUUCCAAUUUGGAGAGAGAAACAUAUUGACUUUGCUGGGGCAGUUGGUAUUCUUUAAUUCUUCUGAAUUUGGGUUUCCUCCAAUUUCAAGAUUGCUCUGUUUUUUCAUUCCGCCGGUUGAAUUACUCUUCUUUUGUUUGACGCCAUGUCCAGAGGAAAUCACACCGCCGCCUGUUGGGAAGUCCGACCGGGAGGAAUGUUGGUUCAGAAAAGGACAUCCGACCAGAGUCCUGUCCUGAUUCCCACCAUAAAAGUCUCCGUUAAAUACGGUUCUUCCUCUCAUGGAAUCAACAUCAGCCCCCAUGCAAGCUUCGGGGAAUUGAAGAAAAUGGUGGUAGGGAUAGUAAGAGUACAGGCUGAGGACCAGAAACUGUUUUACAAAGAAAAAGAGAGAGAUUCGAGAGGAUUUCUUGAUGAGGCUGGAGUGAAGAAUGGAUCAAAGAUUGUGUUAGUUGAAGACGAGAUUAGUCGCGAAAGGCGAUUUAUCCAAUCGCGAAAAACCGCCCAAAUGGAGAAAGCUUUCAAGGACAUAACAGAGAUCAGUUCAGAGAUCGACAAGCUAGCCAAACAGGUGGCAUGUUUAGUGAAUGAGAUUGAAUGUGGGAAAAGAGUGGUGGAGAAAGUAUUGUUGAAUCUGAUUGAGUUGUUGAUGACACAAUUGAUUAAGUUGGAUUCCAUUUCUGCUGAUGGAGAUGUCAAACUUCAAAGAAGAAUGCAGGUGAAAAGAGUGCAGAAGAACAUAGAAAUUCUUGAUGCAAUGAAGAUGAAGAAUGCAUCAUGGAGGAUUGUACAACCUCAAAAAGAACAAUUGAAUAGAGGAAAACCAGAUUAUCAAGAACAAGGAGAAAAUAAUCAUUCAAAUUAUAAUUAUUAUGGGAGAGGACAGCAAAUUAGGAAAGCUCUUGUCACAACAAAAUGGGAGACAUUUGAUUCAACUAAUUUGUCUACCCCACCACCACCAUCAUCUUUUACCAUUAAAUCUGCUCCUUUUCAUAAUCUUGGAAGGUUUUAAAUUCUUAAUUAAUAUUAUAUAAUAUUAAUUAAGCUCUCUCACACACAUAUAAACAUGUAUAGCACUAUGAGUAUAUGCAUAUUAAUUAGUAUAUUAUAAUGCAUUUUCAAUACAUGGGGUUUGGUGGGGGUGUAUUUUAUUUUAAUUUUGGAAAAAAAAAACUAUGUUAUAUAUCACCUAUAAGGUUAUCU